AUGGAGUAUCUUUCCAAAAGUGCUUCAUGUUCCUCGGAUUCCCAUGGCGGAUCAAGUAUCUAUAAAAAACGAGCCAAGCGAUCUCUUACUAGUACACGUCGAUCUACGGAUAGCUCUGAUGACAGUGCUGCACUUCUUGGAGUUGCUGGUCCAAGCCGUCAAGGACGUAGUCGACGCCAUGUAGAAGUUUCGUCCGAUGAUGACAGUGACCAUUCGGAAGAUCUAGACGAUCCGAUCGAUAGUGGAUUGCCUACUAUGAUAUUGGAAAUGCGAAAAAUGGGCGAACAAAUCGUCAAUGUCUGUAAGGCGUUGAAGAAGACGUUGAUUGGAAUGAAGCAGCGUAAGAAAUCCAGGAUUAAAAAUAGCCGCAAGUUUUAUCACAACUCCAUAAAAUCAUCUUCCUAUAAAAGAGUAUCACAUAGGCGACGCAGCAGGAAGAAUGUAAUAUCAAGUGAGGUAGAUUCAGAACUGGAAGCUAACAAAGCCUCGGCCGAUGUGAGCGUUGCUCAAGAGCAUUCAUCAUCCGGCAGCGUAGAUUACACCGAUUAUAUGCUACCUAAUGUCAAUGAGGAGACAAGUUCUCUGGAAAUACCUGUAAACCAGCCGUCGAGCUCUCAUUCGACUACCGAUCAAGUUGGACAAUCUUCCAAUGUAACCAAUGGCGGUAGUAUUAAUUACCAUUCGAGUAGUUGCAGCGAUCGUAGUUUUGGUUGUGACACUACUGCUCCGUCGCAAACACAAAGUAUGUCAACUUUUUUGUUAAACGAUAAUUCUUUGCUGGAAAAUUCUCACACAGAUGGUUGUGUGAUAAACGAUGAUAUUUUUGAUUGCGAUCUAGAUUUUGGAGCAAUACCGUCUAACGUUUCGGCUAUUUUUGAGAAUUUGGGUGCAAUAGAAAAAUUGGAUCAACAACCGCAAUCUGAUAAUAUCCCACAAUUAGGAGAAGUACAGACCCAACAUGACAGUUCGAAUGACGAUGUAAUUUUCGUCAGCUCAAGUAUCCGCAAACAGAAAACAUGUUCAAUCACGGAAAUCAAACCAGACCCGGACGGUAACGCCCUAGGUCGAGUUAAGCAGUCCUCAAAGACUCUAGAUUCAUGGUUAAUCCGAGGAGAGCCUGUAGGCUCAGGUACUCGGCAAUGUGUCCAAGUAGCAUCAAUAAAGCUACCUCGCAAUGAAGAAGCAGACACGAAUUUAUCGGAACUAAAUUCACCCGUUGUGACUGCCGAACUCCCUACAAGAUCAGUUUUAUCAGCAGACGAAAACAUUUCACAUGGCGAAGAAAACAAAUCAAAUGUGAUCGAACCUGCUUCUGAAGGCAUGUCGAGUUCAAAGUCACCGAUAGAUACGGCCAAUUGUCAUAAGUCUAGUUUGAACCAAGAACCAGACAGCAGUUACAGCGUUCAUCUUAAUCAAAACUUUAGCACUAGCAAGAGCUCGCAAGAAGAGAGCAACGAUGUGAGACUGAUGAAAAAAGAUAUUGAGCAGCGCCUGCGUGUAAAUGAUCUUUCGUGGGCAACUCAACGUGCCAUUCGCGAAGAGAACUCUCGGAUUAAAAAAGUUACGCGCAAUAACGAUCGUUUACAACAACAGCUGAUUCGGUACAAAAAUGCAAUGCCAACCAAUCAGCUGAUCUUAGAUUACGACAAAGAUAGAAAAAUGUUUAUCCGUGUACAUCCGGAGUUGGUAAUAAAAAUGAAAUCCCACCAAAAAGAUGGGGUUAAGUUCAUGUACGAUUGUUGUUACGGAAAUAUUGCUGAUGUUAAGAGCACAAAUGGUUCGGGUUGUAUAUUGGCACAUUGCAUGGGCCUAGGAAAAACAUUCCAAGUUAUAGCACUAAUCAAUACGGUGAUUAGCUACCCGCAAUUGAAAACCAGGCGAAUAAUUGUGGUAUGUCCGAAGAGUACGGUCAUGAAUUGGGUCCAAGAGAUUCACAACUGGUUGGGUGGUAUUCAGAAUAUUGUUAAAUUGAAUGCAUUUUUUUUACCCGAUACCUCCUCUAUCCAAAAGAAAAUAGAAGUACUUCGAAGCUACCACAAGCUGUCGGCAGGGGACGCAAAUAUUCUAAUUAUCGGCUACGAAGCAUACCGUGCUCUGAUUUUCUACGAUGCCGCAAACAAGCAUGGUAAGCUACAUUCAGAAUCCGUACGAGCUGAGGUACGUCAGUACUUGAUCAACCCGGGCCCGGAACUAAUUAUUCUUGAUGAAGGUCACGUUAUCAAGAAUCGUAAGUCACAAACAAACCUAGCAGUAUCCGAAGUGGCAACUAAGAGACGAAUCAUUCUUACCGGAACACCCAUUCAAAAUAAUCUUAAUGAAUACUUUUGUAUGGUAAGUUUCGUAAAACCGGCUUUCCUGGGCAACGAAAAAGAAUUCAACGAACAGUACGCCAAACCAAUCAGGGAUGGUCAGCAUAAGGAUUCCAACACUCAGGAUAUUCGUUUAAUGAAAACCAAAUCGUAUAUCCUGCACAAGCGCUUGGCCAACUUUGUUCAACGAAAAGAAUUCUCCGUACUCAAGGACUCGCUACCUCAGAAGUUUGAAUACGUGCUGUAUGUGCCGCUAACUCCAGUUCAAGAGCACUUAUACGAGCAGUACCUGAAGCGGAAUCCCUUCCGAAAGGAUGUGGGAGGCUUCAAUUUGUUGGAAGAUUAUACAUUCCUACGAAAAAUUUGGACUCACCCGAUAGUGCUAGAGCGGGCUUGGGAGACUGCCUUGAAGAAAAAAGGUCACGUCCCAAAGCGCCGGACAGGUCUUCGAGGUCAUGCUAGCCCUGACGAAGAUGACGAUGACGUUGACAAUGCUCGCUCGAUCACCAACAUCUGGUGGAAGCAAAUCAUCAGCUCGGAUGACCUGGAAUCACUCUUCCCAAGCAACAAAAUGCUGUUAUUGUUCGAGAUCCUCAAAAUAUGUCAAGAGCGACGCGAAAAGUGUUUAAUUUUUUCAGGUUUUGUCAUGGUUCUGAACAUGGUCGAACAUUUCAUGAAAAGUAUUCAUGAGCAGAAUCGAAAUCCAAAAGCUCGAUCAUAUGGAUUGUCGAGGUUUCAAGGUCCCUGGCGACCAGGAGUCGAUUAUUACCGUAUAGAUGGCGGCACACCAAUGUCCAGUCGACAAGAUAUGAUCACUAAAUUCAAUGAUCCCCAAAACCAUGUGACUCGUACUUUUCUCAUAUCCACCAAAGCUGGUGGAUUGGGCAUUAAUCUUGUCGGUGCAAACCGAGUUAUCAUUCUUGAUACUUCAUGGAAUCCAGCUACUGAUCAGCAAGGAAUUUUCAGGGUCUAUCGUCUAGGCCAACAGAAAACAUGUUAUAUUUACCGGUUGCUAGCGCUUCACACGAUGGAAGAGAAGGUAUACUCAAGGGCAGUAACCAAACAGGCGAUGAGUCAUCGUGUGGCCGACAAGAAGCAGGUUGAUCGUAACUACAACAUGGCCGAGCUUGAAGAGCUUUACCACUUCGAACGCAUUAAUCUGGCUGCACGUCCGAAUCUUGCCCCCGCAGAAGACGAUAUGCUGUCUACACUGUUGUUAAGGCACGACAGCCUCAUUUACCGAUACCACACGCACGAACAAAUGCUGGAAAACAAAACAGAGCAGGAUUUGACCGAUUUGGAAAAAGAAGUGGCUUGGACUGAAUUCAAGAAAAAAGGGCUUGGUCCAGACGAUGAUCCUAUUGGCGACUUAGGCAAAUCGGAUUCUCAUCUAUCGGAGGCUGAUAUCGAUAUGGAGCUUAGAAACAUUUUUGAGAAAGCCUGCACAGCUAAUACAAACGAUACCGAUCAUUUCACUACCAGUUUAGAACCUAUUGUUAUUCCACCAAAACAGCCGGUGUUCAAGGCCGUCGACGACAAGUUGCUAGCAAAGGCGAAGGAAAUAAACACAUACAAAGAAUUGAUGAAAACUACCAGCCCAAAUACGCAAUUAAGUGUUGACAAACACCAUUUAGAGCCUGAGAGGGCGUGGAUAACUUUUCGGCGGUUGGACGUGGUGAAUUUUCAGACGUAA